UGGGGAGGCUGCCGGGAGGGCCGGGCCGGGCGCCGGCUGCCGGAGAAUGGCGCCGCUGCGGGUGCUGGAGCUCUACAGUGGCAUCGGGGGGAUGCACCAGGCCCUGAAAGAAAGCUGCACAUCUGCAGAAGUUGUUGCUGCUGUUGAUGUGAACACUCUUGCCAAUGAAGUCUAUAAGCACAACUUUCCCAGCACGCCGUUAUGGGCAAAAACAAUUGAGGGCAUAACACUGAAAGAAUUUGACAGAUUAUCUUUUGAUAUGAUUUUGAUGAGUCCUCCCUGUCAGCCAUUUACAAGAACUGGCCUGCAAGGUGAUGUAUCCGAUCCACGGACAAAGAGCUUUCUCUAUAUCCUUGAUAUUCUCCCAAGACUCCAGAAGCUUCCAAAAUACAUACUUUUAGAAAAUGUUAAAGGAUUUGAAUCCUCUUCUGCAAGAAAUGAACUUUUGCAAACACUAGAAACAUGUGGAUUUAAAUAUCAAGAAUUUCUCUUGUCUCCAACCUGUUCUUGUGGAUUUUGCUUGCAGCUUGGCAUUCCCAAUUCUAGGCUGCGAUAUUUUCUAAUUGCAAAGCUUUACCAAGAACCAUUUUCUUUUCAAGCUCCUGGUCAGAUUUUGACAAGAUUCCCAGAUCAGGACCUAGAAGACUUAGUCAAGGACAAAGUUGCUGACAAAGUUGUUGAAGCUAGUUGUUCUUCGUCUUCUGAAGAGAAGAAUCUGGAUCCAAACAUUGAUCCUGAUUGCAGCAGCAAGAAGAGUUUACCAAAAGGAGCUUUUCUUUUUAAGCUUGAAACAGUAGAAGAAGUGGAAAGGAAACGUAGUCAGGACAAUGAUUCCUCUAUUCAAAUGCUGAAAUACUUCUUGGAAGAGGAAAAUGAAGAAAUGAGUCUGUAUUUCUUACCACCAAAGUACUUAUUGCGCUAUGCUUUCUUGUUAGACAUUGUUAAACCCACCUGUCGGAGAUCCACAUGCUUUACAAAAGGUACAUCUGCUGAAAGGCUUUGGUGGAGUAUAGGGCAAAAUGUUACAGGCUGUGAUGCAUGAGAGAUUAAGCAGAUGAUCCUGUGUUCACUUCGGAUCUUGGACUUCUAGGUAAUUGGAAAAUGAUUGUUGAGUUUCUUGAGACUACAUGAGUUUCUUGAGACUACAAACAUCAUGGUUUCUUUUAAAAGUAGGUUUGUGGUGACUGGAGUUGUGAGAGGAAGUUGUCCAUUUUAAAGGACAGAGCAAAUUAAAACUGCUUCCUUAGAUAUAAUGGUUCUGGGCUUACUUGUAAAUUCUUGAUGUGCUAUUGAAAAGAGAAGCAAUACCUUCUAAAAUAGUGUAAAAUUACUUACAGAGACUCUCUCUAGCAUUAUGGAAAUUACCUUUUUGUUAGUCACAGGACUCAAUAUACCCAGAAAUAAUAUAUUAUGUCUAUGAAAUUAAAAGGUUUUUUUAAAAGCUUACUGAAAUAGAAGGGGGGGAAAAUCUUGAGUCAGAUGAAAAUUGAAGACUGUAAUUUCUUAAGCCAACUUCUUUCAUUAUAACUGGUAAUGAAAUGUCAGAAAAUCAAUGCAUCAUUUUUACUAUGGCAAAAAUUACCAUCUUUAAUUAUGUUCUGAGUCUAAAGUAGGAAUUUUAAUUUUUCUGUAGUCAGCAGCUGCAAUAAUAAUUAAUAAUAAUCCAGCUAACAUUGGCCAUCUGCCCAUAUUUUUGUCGAAAAAAACCCAACAUGCUUCCUCCCUGGCCCCCAAACCACUUCUACACCACCUGGAGUUUUUUUGUGAGUUCUGUAGUGCCAAUUAUUUAGACUUUUAUAUAACAUGGAUACUGUUAAAAGGUGCUUUUUCCCCAAUAAAACUCUAAAAUACCACUGCGAAAUUUAUCCUCAUUUAUUUAUUUUGGCUCAGAAAUAAUAAUCUGAGAUACAGUCAGAUGCUAUAUAAGAGAAACAUCAGGAUUCUUCAGUGCUAUGGGUGUUCCAUUGUUUAACUUGUUGCAUUUUCAGGAUGCAGCUAAGCAAUUGAAGGUGAUAUAUUUACAACAUAGAUGGAUUCCAUGUGUUUUUCAUAGAAUCACAGGGUUGGAAGGGACCUCAAAGAUCAUCUUGUUCCAACCUCCCUGC